CGAGACUCGUAUUGCUUUGCGUCGUAUAUUAUUCGUUCAACUUCGUCUCUCGAUAAGAAAAACAGAAAUUUCCAUGCUUUUUCGUUUGUUCGCAGUGAAGUUUAUACUUUAUUUACGGUUUAAGGCUAGCAAGAAGUAUUCUGAAUUGAGAAGUUUUCAUAUCCGUGAUUAAAAGGAAGAACUGAGAAUCAGGCACCAUAGCAGACAACAUGGCCGAGGAUUUCGAUGUGGAAGCUAUGCUGGAGGCCCCAUACAUGAAACAUAAUGCAAGCCGGGGAGAUUAUGACCAAUCUACCAGCAGCCGAAAGUCACCAUACAACGACCGUGAGGAUAGUGGAACUAGCAAAGGCGGGAUCAAGUCUUCAUCAUCAGCCUAUUUAAACGGUCGGAAACAUUAUUCGAGAAGCCGUUCUGGUUCGCCACGAGCUACAGAUGAUCGCAAAGCGCUAAAGUCUAAGGAUCGUGAACGUCAUCGUGAUAAAGAUGAAAGUCGUUACUCUAGGGACCGGGAUCGUAUUCGUGAUAAAGAUCGUGUUCGUGACCGAGAACGUAAUGGUGAACGUGAACGACGUUAUGGAUCACAAGAUCGUGAACGUGAACGAGACCGCGACCGCGAGACUGAAAAGCGUCGUAGUCGAUCUAAAGACAAACGGCGAAGCAGUCGGUCACGAGAACGUGAUCGCCAUUCGAGAGAAAGACGCGGCAGUAGACCACGCUCAGAGCGGCGGCGCAGUCGAUCACCUAUCCGAGACCGUCGCUCAAAAGAUAGAAAACUCAGCCCCGUGAAAGAAUUUAGAGGUGGACGCCCGGGCUUUGGGUCAAGAGAAAGAAGUAGCAAGCGUCGUAGUAACUCUCCCCGGCCUUUCCGUCGUGGCAGAACACCGCCCAACGGUCUUGGUGAUCGAUCCCCACGCGCCGAUCUCAGCCCAGAGGAACGUGAUGCACGUACCGUAUUUUGUAUGCAAUUGUCCCAACGCAUACGUGCGCGUGACUUGGAAGAAUUUUUCUCAAGUGUUGGCAAAGUACGAGAUGUUCGUUUAAUAACCUGCAAUAAAACCAAACGCUUCAAGGGAAUAGCAUACAUUGAAUUCAAAGACCCAGAAUCUGUCGCACUUGCACUGGGCUUGUCAGGACAAAAACUACUGGGCAUUCCAAUUUCUGUACAACAUACUCAGGCUGAGAAAAACCGUAUUGCAAAUGCGGUACCCACAUUUACUCCCAAAAAUCAUACGGGCCCCAUGCGGCUGUAUGUUGGUUCGCUGCACUUUAAUAUCACUGAGGAUAUGCUUAGAGGUAUAUUCGAACCAUUCGGAAAAAUAGACACAAUCCAACUAAUUAUGGAUACAGAGACUGGUCGUUCCAAGGGCUACGGAUUUAUUACGUAUCACAAUGCCGAUGACGCCAAGAAGGCUUUGGAGCAGUUAAACGGAUUUGAAUUGGCUGGCCGACCAAUGAAGGUCGGAAAUGUGACUGAACGUUUAGAUAUGAACACAUCGUCUUUGGAUACAGAUGAAAUGGAUCGAAGUGGCAUAGAUCUGGGCGCCACUGGCAGAUUACAACUAAUGUUUAAGCUAGCAGAGGGCGCCGGUUUGGCUGUACCGCAAGCUGCUGCAAACGCAUUAUUAGCGACCGCGCCACAGCCUGCACCAGUUCAGACUCAAGCGCAGACACCGGCCAUAGCUACGCAAUGCUUUAUGUUGUCCAAUAUGUUUGAUCCCCGCACUGAAACUAAUCCUGCAUGGGACAGCGAAAUACGUGAUGAUGUAAUUGAUGAAUGUUCCAAGCAUGGAGGAGUACUUCAUAUAUUUGUUGACAAAGCGUCACCAACGGGCAAUGUAUAUGUGAAGUGUCCAAGCAUUACCACAGCUGUGCUAGCAGUGAAUGCUCUUCACGGGCGCUGGUUUGCUGGUCGUGUCAUUACAGCAGCCUACGUACCAUUACUCAAUUAUCACUCUCUCUUUCCGGACGCGAUAACAGCGGUUAAUUUACUAGCGAAGCGGAAGACUGGCGAAUAAAAAGGAUAUCGAUGCUUACCCAAUAAGUAUAUGCUAUGAUUAGCUUUCAAAUUUUAUAAAUUGGUCGUUUGGGAUAUUCACAUUAUGUUUACCAUGCAUUCCUGCUCUCCUAGGCGUAGAAGAGAUCUUUGAUCCACUUUCAGAUUGCAUCGUUUUUAUAGAGACAGCACCCGUAGCAGAUUUAUUGCAUGGGACUUGAUUCAACAUCUGCCUAGUUAUAAUCUAAUCGUUCUAAUUUUUUUGCUUAUUUGUAUUUUAGUAAAACUUUGAAGUUUGAUACUGUAAAAAUAUCAUAAUCAUAUUUGAACACAUUGCAAUGAAUAAAACACGUAUAAAACUUA